AUGGAAAGAGAUGAGUUGCUGAGCUUCUACAAUCCUCCCUUCUCAAAUUCUCUGUUUUUGAGAGGUGUUUCGGAAGGAGCAGAGAUAAGAAUCCAGAAAAAAUUUGGGUCAUAUGGACUGCUCUACAAAAGUUCUCGUCUUAAAAGCGAUGAAUCUGUCUUCCACAUUUGGUUUUAUCGCAAAUCCGACCUUUUCAAGUGUUACGAGGAAUGCCACAAUGGCUUCACAGAACAAGACGAUGUGUACACAAUCACGUAUGCGAAGGAUAAGAAAGAUGGUAUCCACCGACUAAUCAACCUCAAUCAGAUGUACGAAAUCCUCAACACGUAUAUUGGAUUUGAAAAGUGGAACUCGCAAAUUGUUAGUGUUGACCAAGAAACGGAUGGAGAAAUGUCGAUAAAUAAGGAGGGUAUUACGAGAUAUACUUUUCAAUACAAAGUGACAACAGCAAUUUCUUUUGUCGAUUUCCUGGACUUAACAAGCCGGGGAAAUGGGCGUGGGGUAUACACUGGAAAGGAUAAGGCGCUUGCCAAUAAGUUAGCUUUGAAGUUGGGAAUUUCUUGUGCAAGAAAGAACAUGUUUCGCACAUUAGGGAUUGUAUUUUUAAACACUUUGAAUGGGAAUACCGUGACAUCCAAAGCCAUUCCAGUGACAAUAAACGCAGGCAAACAAGACGACGAUGGAAUUUACCAAAUACAGUCUUGUGACGUCGACGAGAGCAAUCCAGUUAUAAUGGAUGACGAUUUGAAAGACAUUCUUGACACUCUGUGA